GUGUUCAUCAUUGCCCAUAUGGGCGAGUGCGUGUUGAUCCUGAUGAUGCCACUUCUUUUCAGAUGGGGAGACAGCUUGGGGGCGUCAUAUAUACUCACUCUUUUUGCAGGCAUCUUGAUAUCUUUCACCAUUCUUGUCCAUGUUGCUCGCGCAUUUGCCCGUGAUCUGGACAUGCUGCAGAAGAGUCUAGCAGAGUUCCGGGUCCAGAACGCCAAAUGCGCUUGUUGUGACUCUCACCACGUGGAUGCAUGGGGCGAACCUCUAGCUUGCGACCGCGAAGUGCUGCUUCGAUGUAUCAACGUGUGGUUUGGAAGCACAGAGAAUUUUGACCUCCGCGUGCAAGGACCAGUAAGGAAGACCGUGCUUGGGAACCUGACCAGCCCAGUGCAUUUCUACCGACGCGUGGUAGAAAGCGCUUGUCCUGUGAUGUGGCUUUUCAUGGAUGUGCUGGCCAAGUUCAUGACUACCGAUGAGUGGAGGACAGGUCCAAUAGCCAUCGAGACCAUCUUCGCAGGUCUCGGAUACUGGCUGGCCACUAUCCCCACGGUUGUCAUGCUGGCAAUGAUGAUGACCUACGCGCUCCGGGCAAAACAGGACUGCGUGCUCUGCGAAGGGCUGCGUACACUGGCGCCGGUCGCAAUCAGCGGUUGUCUCAUUCCCCUCAGUCAUAUCAUCGAGCAGCUCAUUUUUACUGAAUUUACAGAGCCUGACAACUUUCAUCAAAGGGCUGUGGCACAGACUUUAAUCUUUUGCGGCCUGGUGAUAGUCACCAUUGCCAUUGGACUUGCCUUUUCCAGGGCACGAAGAUACGCCCUGGCACUCUGA